AUGAAGCAAUAUACAAGAACUAUACCAAUAGCGGCACUUCUGGCUGCGAGUGCCAAUGGGCAGACCACGAGCGUCGUCGGUGACCUGCAAAGUAACGGUACUACAACUGUUACCCAUUCAGUCUGCCCAACCGCUCUGACCACUACCACUUCGCCGAGCACAAUUACCUAUUGUCCAGGACUCGGCUGCAAUGGAGGUGGUCCACGGAUCACCCCUCCUUCACAAGGUCCAUAUGGUGGCUCCGAGGUUCUCGUUUUCACUACCACCGGUCCCGACGGAAAUUUUUCGGAGUACCGCGAAUUCCUCACCGUUUACGACCAGAUUUGCCCAGCUGGAGCUUGCAUCAAACAGGCAACUUGCACCAUCAUGGAAGAGUGUCCAUGCCACGUGACGAAGAAUCCGUCUUCCAUUCCAUCGGGAUUCACCACAACAGUUGUUGCCUGCGACGUUUGUGCUAAUGGCGGACCUACUGUUCUUACUCUUACAACACCAUGUGCUACGGGCCCUUAUGCUACCGUCACUCCAGACGUUGAUUCUGACACUGGCGCUGGUACUGGAGCGGAUACAGGGGCAGGUACUGGUGCUGGAAGUGGUUCAGGCUCUGUCUCCGACUCCGGCUCUGAUAAUGGAUCUGCCUCUGGUGUGGGAGCCGGCUCGAGAGCCGGAUCUGAGAUGGGAGCAGGAGCGAAGAAUAACACCAUCUCACCACCUAUCACGCCUGUCACCAGUGAAAAGACCGCAGCAUACAUGGGCGGAGCCGACAAGACCCCCUUUGCGCUAUCAGCCGUUUUGGUUAUUAUUGUUGGAUGCUUACCAUGGACACUGUAA